AUUCUUACACACGAGAGGAUAGCCAAACCUUUCUCACUCUCUCUCUCUAUCGCUAUAUAUAAAUUUUUUUUACAUAUAUAUACUCAUUUUUGUUGCAAUCCCAUUUUCUCUCUUGCAUCUCUCUCCCUCUUCUGGUUGAUAAAAUCUUCUAUAUCAUUUGGUCGUAUAUAUGUGUCUAAUCUAAUUGAAUCAUUAACAGUGAUUACAAGAACGCAGACAUACAGAGAGAGAGGGAGAGAGCAAUAACAGAGGGCCUCUCUCGCCCUCUUUUCUUGUUAUGCCUCCUCUCAGAUCUUAGAUUCUCUCACUUUUCUAUCUUAUUUAUCUUUCUUUGGAAUUCUUUAUCGCUGGUUGAUCCAUAUUUGAUCGGUUAAAGUCUGAAGGUCUUAUAUAUGCUGUUGGAUUGAAUCCAUAAGCACCCAUUUCGUAAAUACCUGUAAAUAUCCAAGCUUUGUUUUAUUUCUUUGUCUAAGAAAUGGAAAUGGAGCUUGGGAAACUGUUCAUUGGUGGGAUUUCAUGGGAUACAAAUGAAGACCGUCUUAGGGAAUAUUUCCAGGCUUAUGGAGAAGUUAUGGAGGCUGUGAUAAUGAAGGAUCGGGCUACAGGUCGUGCCCGUGGCUUUGGUUUCGUUGUUUUUGCUGACCCUGUUGUUGCUGAGAGAGUUGUGAUGGAAAAGCAUCUGAUAGAUGGUAGAAAUGUUGAGGCAAAGAAGGCAGUUCCUAGGGAGGAUCAAAACAUUCUGAACAGAAGCAACAGCAGCAGCAUACAUGGAUCACCUGGUCCAGCUCGUACUAAGAAGAUAUUUGUAGGAGGUUUAGCAUCUACGGUCACAGAGAACGACUUUAAGAAAUAUUUUGAUCAGUUUGGGACGAUUACAGAUGUUGUUGUUAUGUAUGACCACAACACUCAAAGGCCAAGAGGGUUUGGAUUUAUUACUUAUGAUUCAGAGGAAGCAGUGGAUAAAGUGUUGCACAAAACCUUCCAUGAACUCAAUGGUAAAAUGGUAGAGGUCAAGCGGGCUGUCCCAAAAGAAUUAUCUCCAGGACCAACUCGCAGUCCGUUAAGUGGAUAUAAUUAUGGUGCCAGUAGAGUUGGCAGCAUUCUGAAUAGUUACACUCAGGGAUACAAUCCAAGUCCUACUGGAGGACUUGGUGUUAGAAUGGAUGGUAGGUUUAGCCCUGUUACUGUUGGUCGGAGUAACUUUUCUCCAUUUGGUCCUGGUUUUGGGAUGGGGCUGAACUUUGAGCAGGGGUUAAGUCCUAGUUACGGGGGAAAUUCCAACCUAAGUUCUAACCUUGGUUAUGGGCGAAUUAGUCCUUCAUAUAAUGGAAAUUCAGGCAGAUAUGAUAAUCCUAUCGGGUUUAAUGGUGGUAAUGGUGGAAAUAGUUCUGUCUUAAAUUCCACAGCUCGAACUUUGUGGGGUAAUGGAAAUAUUAAUCAUGCUUCAAACUCCACAAGUUCCAGUAAUUUUAUGGGCCCUGGAACUGGGAAUUCUGGAAUGAGUUCUUUUGGCAGUAUUGGAGCACUUUGGGGUUCAUCAGCUAAUUCUGUACAAGGUGGUGGUGCUGGCUCUACUUAUAAUAGUGGCAGUCUUAGCUACAACAAUGGAGAUUUCGGUGUUGGUUUAGGAGGGGUAGGAUAUGGAAGAAACAGUGGGACAAAUGUUGCACCAGUUUCAUCUCAUGCUGCAUCAUAUGAUGGAUCUUAUGAAGAUAUUUAUGAAAAUGGCUCAUUGUAUGGGGAUUCUGCCUGGCGAUCUUCAGCUCUAGAGCUGGAGGGGUCUGGCUCAUUUGGUUUUGGGCUUGGAAAUGCAGCUUCAGAUGUUGUGAGUAGAAACUCUGCUGGUUAUGUCGGUGGUUAUAGUGUUGCCAGUAGACAAGCAAAUAGAGGAAUUGCUGCUUAGGACAAUUAUGAUGUGAAUGUCAAGAGGUUAUUGUAGGUGAAGUAUAUCUGAUAAAGCAAAUUUCGUACAUUUUCCUUGUCCAGAUGUUUCAGUUUAUAUAAGAACUUGGUUAGAGCUAAUCAGUUUGCCUGUUUUGAUGAAUUUAUGGUAGAAAUGCAGUCUCACUGAAUUCCGUGUAAGGUUUGAGCUUUGAGGUUUUUAUGAUAUAGGUUUUUCUUUCUUUGAAUUCGAUUACGAUGUAAAAUCAUAUUGCGGUGUAUACGCAGAAUUACUGUAUCAUGCAUCUCUGGUGACACAGUGAUACACAAAAAGAAUGAAUAUUUCUUCUUUUCUUUUAACAUUUUCUUCCCAUGAUUUUGGGUUUCAAUUC